CCUGAUCCAGCUGAGGAACACCGGGAGAGGGAACAGAGGCAGGGAGAGAGAUAUAUGCACGAAGAAGCUAUCCAUAAUUGAGACGCUUAGAUAAGACAGAUAUGCUGUUUGCAGAGGAGUGAAUCGCGCUGGCAUGAGAAUAAUAUGACUUUUGCAGCGGAGCGUCCAGAGAUUUACGCACGAACGCUCCAUUCCAAUGUGAACCAACUUUUACGCACGGACCGUUGGAGAUGAGUGGUUUCACUCAUGCUGCAUUAUUGUAACAUUUAACUGCGAUUUUGGAACGAAAACUCGUAAUCUGAUCAUUUUUGACUGGUGUUUCGAUCGGAAAGUGGAGCAGUUUGGCAUAUGUUGACGAAUUAUUUUUUAAAAGCACACAUUUGGAGCUAUUCUUGCAGUCUUAUCGGUGUCUUCUUGGGACUCUCUCUGACACUGCAGACUGAUAUAAUAGGUAUUGUGUGGUUGUAGCCUUCGUGUAUCUUAACACCCAGCAGUGCGUACCUGCCCCACAGUACCCUUGACGUCUCCCCUUGUGAGUUUUCAAAACAGCGGUAUGGACAGAGUCAGACGUCUAGCCUGCGUGUGAGUCACCGUGAGCAAACAUUUGGACAAGCGCUGCUUAUAAGCAGUUACACAUUUGGAGAUAUUUAAUAGUGCGUGCCUUGCACAAGCGGCCAGCACAAGACACCGGGACGAGGCUCGGUGCAACCGUUGGAUUGGACGCCGAGGUGCUAAAUGCCCAGCCGGUCGCUUGCGGCUCCUCAGGCUGGGCGGCAACAUGAGGUCCUGGGUCCUGCUGCUGCUGCUGGCUGCGCUUUCAGCGGCCCGUCUGCGGCUCGGCAGCGCUGAGGGUGAUCCACUCCCUCCAUCGCUGGUCAACCUGGUGAGGGACUCUUCCAUCUCCUCUGUGGACGACUUGAAGCUGCUACUGCAGCAGGAAACCAAUGCCAUAGAAGACGAAGAAGACGAGCAUGAUAUUGUAAACAACACCCAUGGCCGAUACACUAGAAGUCUUGUAGAGGCACAGCCGGCCCAGCAGGCAGCGUGUAAAGUUCGGACGGAGGUGAUGGAGGUGACGAGGUCCAUGUUGGACCGCCGCAACGCAAACUUCUUGUUAUGGCCACCAUGUGUAGAGGUGCAGCGAUGUUCGGGCUGCUGCAACACCAGGCUGCUGCAAUGUGUCCCCACUGUUACCUCCAGCAGAUACCUGCAGGUUAUAAAGAUCCAGUACAUAAACAGGAAAGCCCACUAUGACAAAGCCAUCAUCUCAGUAGAAGACCACGUCAGCUGCCGGUGCCAACCUACAACAUCUCCCUCCUCAUCCUCCUCGUCUGUUCCCAUCCCUCGCUCCUCCAUUCAGAGUAACCCCAAUCCCAACCCACCUCCACCGCAGCAGCCUCCCCCAUCCUCCCACCUUCCCAUGGCCCUCCCACGGCCAGCCCACCCCGCUCCACCAAAGACUCACGCUUCCAAGGCUGACCUGCAUCGCCAUGAUGACCUGAAGCACAACCAGCAGCACCACCACCCUGAAGAGCGUGAGCCGGUGACGAGACAGUGGCAGCAGGGCAGUUAUACCCAGCUGGUGCACUGGACGCAGCCCAGGGUUCAGCAAGGGCCAACACAUGUGCAACCAGGGGUGCACCAGCCGAUUGUUGGGGCACUUGGUCCGGUCAGCAGCUGGCCAUCUGAAGCGAGGGCAGAGCAUAGUAUCAUGGGAAGUACACAGCCAGUUGGGCACGGGAGUGGGUAUGACGGGAGCAGGGAGGAAAGCGGCAUGCAUGUUACUAACAGUGGUGGGGAAGCACAUCAUCCAGAUCACAUGCAGAGGCAGCAGCAGUUGUUACAGCAUCAGCAAAGACAGCAGCUUCAGCAGCAAUAUCAGUAUCGUCAUCAGCCACAUUAUCCACAGCAGUACAACCAUGGAGGAGCGGAGGACCAAGAGCUGAGGACACAGCAUCGACUCAACGCUCCCCAGUCAGACAGCGCCUCUCUACCUUGCAGCCCAACCGAGCCACCCAAAUUAAAACAAAACUCCACCCCUCCUGUGACCACCAAUCAGAAAGACUCAGUGACCAGCCAAAAAAAUACAGAGGUCACAUAUCACAAACAGACUGAGGCUGAAACAGCUAGUCAAAAAGAAAGGAACGUGAUGGAGGAAAGUAGGUCGGCCAAUAGUGGGGACACAGCCGGGGCAGAGUUGUCCAAUCAGAGGACUGAAAAAGACUCAAAACUGACCACUGGGGGUGGUCAUUUAACAGAGGAGGAGAGGAGACGUAAAACUCUGGAGACGGUACAGAGGGAACUGGAUCGAGAGACUCAUCUUCAUCCACAUCAUCCUCAGCAAAGACCAUUACCGACCACAUAUAAAACAGCCCUCUCUACUGUGGCUCCCAUCUUGCCCUCAGCCCGUAAGGCCCCGUUUCGGCCAGCCUCGCCUCGCCGCAGGAGGAAACACCGCAAACGCAUCAGCAAAGCAGCAAUCAGAGCCAUGAUCAUGUAGAGCUGCAGGAAAUAAUAAAGCUAACCAAAAGCUUUAGGUCAGAGAUGUUGCACCAAAGGAAUAUGGAGAGACAAGGAACAUGGGAUUCUUGAAUGUGGGAUGAUCAACUGUGUGGACAGAGGCGAUGGUUCACACUCCGGAGCUGCCGCAGAGCGUCCAGCGUCAUGGAUAUAAUAAAAGUGCAAUCUUAUGAACUCCUUGGAAUGGAGUACAUUUGUCACACUAAACACUGGAUUUCAUUUGUAUGAACCAUACAUCCCAUCAAUGUGGAUCGAUGGAAGCUUAUCAGACACCCAAAGCCAGACUGGUGGUCUCUUCUUGCAGUCGGCAGCCAUUGAUUGGCUGCUGAGAAACACUUUUGACUUCUAGCUCAACUACUGAUUGGUCCACAAAUGAAGGACUUGACUAUGACUUGGACUGAAAAGUCAUUAAUGGGGGCUAAAUGUGGAGCUCAAGAACUGGAGAUGUGGAGAACUGGAUUUCUACACUGGGACAAUAACUGGAAACUGGAGAGUGCAGCUCAGGCCUCAAUGCCAAACAUUACUGUUAUCCUACAAUGUCUGAAUCUAACUUUAUCUAACACUGGAUUAGCCGUACACUGAUCAUACUACAUUGAAUAGAGAAGUGCUCUACCGUGUACUGUAGCUUAAUAUACUGGAGAAUAUCAGUAACAUGCUCAUUUUGUACUAGCCUACUGCCAGAUCAAAAUGGAAUAACAACCAAAUGCCUGCCUAGAUAACAUGCUAUGAAUAUCCACAUUAAAACAAGUCUUAAAGACCUGGCUUUUAGAGAUCGCUGUGAGCCAGUUAUAGCCAACACUGUAUGUAUAAAUGCUUUUAGAAAAUGAUUUCGGGGGGGGGGGGGCUUUAUUUCUUAACUUAUUUAAAAAAGGAGGAUAUGAAGUCCUCCAGUCCAAGUGUAAUUAUUGUUGCAGACAUGUUUCAGAUUAUAAUUAUUGGUUGUACAACUCUUACUGUUAUGAAUGUUAUUUUUAAUAAAAAAUACAAAUAUUCA